CGCGCGCAGCACCGCUCAAGGUCCCUCACUCUCUCUCCGCACCCUUGCCGGCUGGCAUCUGACGCAGGUGCCAAGGGGGCUCCGGGCACCUUUCUGUGUCCCUUCGCUCUAUCAACCCUGCUCCGCAACCCAGCCAGGUAGCUGCCACUGCGGCCACCGCCCGAGGGGACCUGCGGACAAGACGCCGGCGGGAGGAGGGGUGCGCAGAGCACCCCCAGCGCAGAGCAUCCCCGCUGCAGCGCAGCAAGACCCGGGGCUCGCAGCCCCCAGGAAUCCCUAGCUGCCUCGCCAGCGUUACGGGACUGAAGUUCUUGGAGGAGCAAGUCCAACUCUUCAAGGUGAACUAUGACCACUUUACUCUUGGUCUUUGUGACUCUGAGGGUCAUCGCGGCAGUGAUCUCAGAAGAAAUUCCGGGCCAUGACAACUCACUGAGCGUGAGCAUCCCUCAACCAUCCCCACUGAAGGUCCUCCUAGGGACUUCCCUCACCAUCCCCUGCUACUUUAUCGACCCCAUGCAUCCUGUGACCACUGCACCCUCCACUGCCCCCCUGGCCCCAAGAAUCAAGUGGAGCCGUGUUUCCAAGGAGAAAGAGAUCGUACUGUUGGUGGCCACUGAAGGACAGGUUCGAGUCAACAGCAUCUACCAAGACAAGGUGUCAUUACCCAAUUAUCCAGCCAUCCCUAGUGACGCCACCUUGGAAAUCCAGAACCUUCGCUCCAAUGACUCUGGGAUCUAUCGCUGUGAGGUGAUGCAUGGUAUUGAGGACAGCGAAGCCACCCUGGAGGUCAUAGUAAAAGGUAUCGUGUUCCACUACAGAGCCAUCUCCACACGCUACACACUGGACUUUGACCGAGCACAGCGGGCUUGCCUGCAGAACAGCGCCAUCAUCGCCACACCUGAGCAACUGCAGGCUGCCUAUGAGGAUGGCUUCCACCAGUGCGAUGCAGGCUGGCUGGCUGACCAGACCGUCAGGUACCCCAUCCACACUCCUCGGGAAGGCUGCUAUGGAGACAAGGAUGAGUUUCCUGGAGUGAGAACAUAUGGUAUCCGAGACACCAAUGAGACCUAUGAUGUGUACUGCUUCGCUGAGGAGAUGGAGGGCGAGGUCUUUUAUGCCACAUCCCCGGAGAAGUUCACCUUCCAGGAGGCAGCCAAUGAGUGCCGCAGGCUGGGGGCACGGCUGGCCACCACGGGCCAGCUCUACCUGGCCUGGCAGAGCGGGAUGGACAUGUGCAGCGCCGGCUGGCUGGCCGACCGCAGUGUGCGCUACCCCAUCUCCAAGGCUCGGCCCAACUGCGGAGGCAACCUCCUGGGUGUAAGGACUGUCUAUCUGCACGCCAACCAGACAGGCUAUCCUGACCCUUCAUCCCGCUAUGACGCCAUCUGUUACACAGGUGAAGACUUUGUAGACAUCCCAGAAAACUUCUUUGGGAUGGGUGGUGAAGACGACAUCACCAUCCAGACAGUGACCUGGCCAGACCUGGAGCUGCCCCUGCCCCGAAAUAUCACUGAGGGAGAAGUCCGGGGCAAUGUGAUCCUCACCGCAAAGCCCAUCUUCGACCUGUCCCCCACUGUCUCAGAGCCGGAGGAGGCCCUCCCAGUUAUCCCUGGUGUGAGGGCCACAGCCUUCCCUGAGGCUGAGGAGAGAACUGAAGGGGUCACCAGGCCCUGGGGCUUUCCUGAGGAAAGCACACGUGGGCUGGAUUCUGCCACGGCCUUCACCAGUGAGGACCUGGUGGUACAAGUGACCCUCGGGCCAGGUGCAGCUGAAGUCCCUGGCCAGCCCCGCUUGCCGGGGGGAGUUGUAUUCCACUAUCGCCCGGGCUCCACCAGAUACUCUCUGACAUUCGAGGAGGCACAGCAGGCCUGCAUGCAGACCGGGGCGGUCAUGGCCUCACCUGAGCAGCUCCAGGCUGCCUAUGAGGCAGGCUAUGAGCAGUGUGAUGCUGGCUGGCUGCAGGACCAGACCGUCAGAUACCCCAUUGUGAGCCCUCGGACCCCAUGUGUGGGCGACAAGGACAGCAGCCCCGGAGUCAGGACCUAUGGCGUACGCCCGUCAUCAGAGACCUAUGAUGUCUACUGCUACGUGGACAAGCUUGAGGGGGAAGUGUUCUUCGCCACACGCCUCGAGCAGUUCACCUUCCAGGAAGCACAGUCCUUCUGUGAAGCCCAAAAUGCCACCUUGGCCUCCACUGGCCAGCUCUAUGCUGCCUGGAGCCAUGGCCUGGACAAGUGCUAUGCUGGCUGGCUGGCAGAUGGCAGCCUCCGAUACCCCAUCGUCACCCCUCGGGCUGCCUGCGGUGGGGACAAACCAGGCGUGAGAACUGUCUACCUCUACCCCAACCAGACCGGCCUCCCAGACCCAUUGUCCAGGCACCAUGCCUUCUGCUUCCGAGGUGUGUCAGUGGUGACCUCUCCAGGACAAGGAGAAGGCGGCAUUCCCACAUCACCCUCUGACAUAGAGGACUGGAUCGUCACUCAGGUGGGGCCUGGUGUGGAGGCUAUCCCAUUGGAGACAGAGACAGCAGCAGGGCCAGAUUUCACCACUGAAUCAGAAAAACAGACUGAAUGGGAGCCAGCCUACACUCCAGUGGGUACAUCCCCACUGCCAGGGAUCCCUCCCACGUGGCUUCCCACCAUCUCAGCAGCAGAGGAUCACACUGAAAUCGCCUCUGCCUCAGAAGUGCCUUCCACCUCAGAGGAACCAUCUACAACAUCACUUGCAUGGCCAAGUGGGACAGAGCUGCCAGGCUCUGGGGAGGCAUCAGGGCCACAUGGCAUCAGUGGUGACUUCACAGGCAGUGGAGAAGCUUCAGGACACCUCGACUCCAGUGGCCUCAGCCCCACAGUGAGCUCAGGCCUGCCUGUAGAAAGUGGACUGGCCUCAGGGGAUGGAGAAGGAGUGGAGUGGUCCCACACUCCCACAGUUGGCAAGCUUCCCUCUGGAGGUGAGGGCCUAGAAGGCUCUGCCUCUGGAGACCUUAGCAGGUUGCCUUCUGGAAGGGAAACAAUAGAAACUUCUGCUUCUGGAGCAGAAGAUAUCAGUGGGCUUCCUUCUGGAGGGGAUGGUCCAGAAACUUCUACCUCUGGAGUAGAGGAUGUCAGCGGGCUUCCUUCUGGAGAAGGUCCAGAAACUUCUACCUCCAGAGUAGAGGAUGUCAGCAGGCUUCCUUCUGGAGAAGAUCUAGAAACUUCUACCUCUGGAGUAGAGGUUGUCAGCAGGCUUCCUUCUGGAGGGGAUGGUCCAGAAACUUCUACCUCUGGAGUAGAGGUUGUCAGCAGGCUUCCUUCUGGAGAAGAUCUAGAAACUUCUACCUCCAGAGUAGAGGAUGUCAGCGGGCUUCCUUCUGGAGAAGGUCCAGAAACUUCUACCUCCAGAGUAGAGGAUGUCAGCGGGCUUCCUUCUGGAGAAGGUCUAGAAACUUCUACCUCUGGAGUAGAGGAUGUCAGUGGGCUUCCUUCUGGAGGAGAUGGUCUAGAAACUUCUACCUCUGGUGUAGAGGAUGUCAGUGGGAUUCCUACUGGAAGAGAAGGUCUAGAAACUUCUACCUCUGGAAUUGAGGAUGUCAGUGGGAUUCCUACUGAAAGAGAUGGUCUAGAGAUGUCUGCCUCUGGAGUAGAGGACCUCAGUGGACUUCCUUCUGGAGAAGAAGGUCCAGAAACAUCUACCUCUGGAAUAGAGGACAUCAGCGUACUUCCUACUGGAGGAGAAAAUCUAGAAACUUCUGCUUCUGGAGUGGGAGAUCUGAGUGGACUUUCCUCAGGAGGAGAAAGUCUAGAAACGUCUGCUUCAGGUACAGAGGACGUCACCCAGCUUCCUACUGAAAGAGGAGGACUAGAGACCUCUGCUUCUGGAGUAGAGGACAUCAGUGUGCUUCCUACUGGAAGAGAAAGUCUAGAAACUUCUGCCUCUGGCGUAGAGGAUGUUAGUGGACUUCCUUCUGGAACAGGAGGUCUAGAAACUUCUGCCUCUGGCAUAGAGGACUUUACUGUGCUCCCUACUGAAGCAGAAGGUCUAGAAACUUCUGCCUCUGGCAUAGAGGAUGUUAGUGGACUUCCUUCUGGAACAGGAGGUCUAGAGCCGUCUGCCUCUGGCACAGAGGACAUUAGUCUGCUCCCUACUGAAGCAGAAGGUCUAGAAACUUCCACCUCUGGAGCCCAUGCCAGUGAGAUUCCUUCUGGUGGAGAUGCUAUAGAGACCUCGGCUUCUGGAGUAGAGGGUGUGAGUGGACUUCCUUCUGGAGGUGACGGUUUAGAAACUUCUGCCUCUGGAGUGGAGGAUCUUGGUCUUUCUACCAGGGAAGGUCUAGAGACUUCUGCUUCCGGAGAAGGUGUUACUGGUUCUCCUUCUGGAAGAGAGGAUCUAGAGCCCUCUGUUUCUGGGGUGGGUGAUGACCUCAGCGGACUUCCUUCUGGAAAAGAAGGCCUAGAGACCUCGGCUUCUGGAGCUGAGGACCUUGGUGGGUUGCCUUCUGGAAAAGAAGAUUUGGUAGGUUCUGCUUCUGGAGCCCUGGACUUUGAUAAGGUACCUUCUAGAACUCUAGGAAGUGGCCAAACUCCAGAAGCAAGUGGCCUUCCCUCUGGAUUUAGUGGUGAGUAUUCUGGAGUGGACGUUGGAAGUGGCCCAUCCUCUGGCCUGCCUGACUUCAGUGGGCUUCCAUCUGGGUUCCCAACUGUCUCCCUAGUGGACAGUACCUUAGUGGAAGUGGUCACAGCCACCACUGCCAGUGAACUAGAAGGAAGGGGAACCAUUGGCAUCAGUGGGGCAGGAGAAGUAUCAGGGCUGCCCCUCAGUGAGUUGGACAGUAGUGGGGACAUUAGUGGUCUCCCUUCAGGAACUGAACUCAGUGGCCAAGCAUCUGGGUCUCCUGGAGUCAGUGGAGAAACAUCUGGAUUUUUUGAUGCUAGUGGACAGCCAUUUGGGUCUCCUGACAUCAGUGAGGGAACAUCUGGGAUUCCUGAAGUCAGUGGGCAGCCAUCAGGGAUUCCUGACACCAGUGGGACCUCUGAAGUGACUGAGCUUAGCGGACUGUCCUCUGGACAACCAGAUGUCAGUGGAGAAGGCUCUGGAGCUCUCUUUGGCAGUGGCCAGACCUCUGGCAUAACUUUCGUGAGUGGAGAAACUUCUGGGCUUCCAGAUCUCAGCGGGCAGCCCUCAGGGUUGCCUGUGUUCAGCGGAACAACACCUAGAACCCCAGACCUAGUUUCUGGCACCAUGAGUGGUAGUGGGGACUCUUCUGGGAUCACAUUCGUGGACACUAGUCUUGUUGAAGUGACCCCUACCACAUUUAAAGAAGAAGAAGGCUUAGGAUCUGUGGAACUCAGUGGCCUCCCUUCAGGGGAGAUGGAUCUGUCCGGCACAUCUGGGACAGUGGAUAUCAGUGGACAAUCUUCUGGAACAAUUGAUUCCAGUGGAUUCACAUCCCCAGCUCCAGAAUUCAGUGGCCUCCCAAGCGGAGUAGCUGAGGUCAGUGGAGAAUUCUCUGGAGUUGAGACUGGGAGCAGCUUGCCCUCUGGAGCAUAUGAUGACAGUGAACUUGCUUCGGCUUUCCCUACUGUGUCUCUUGUAGACAGAACUUUGGUGGAAUCUAUAACCCCAGCUCCCACAGCUCAAGAAGCUGGAGAAGGGCCUUCGGGCAUUUUGGAACUCAGUGGUACCCAUUCUGGAACACCAGACAUGUCUGGGGACCUUUCUGGGUCUUCGGACCUAAGCACACUGCAGUCUGGGCUGAUGGAACCCAGCACAGAGCCACCAAGCUCUCCAUAUUUUAGUGGGGACUUUUCUAGCAGCAUUGAUGUAAGUGGAGAAUCUGUGGCUGCCACAACUGGCAGCGGGGAAGCCUCAGGGCUUCCGGAAGUCACUUUAAUCACUUCAGAGUUAGUGGAGGGUGUGACUGAACCAACCGUUUCCCAAGAACUCGGACAAGGACCUGCUGUGACAUAUACUCCCGGACUCUUGGAUGCCAGUGGGGAAGCCUCAGCAUCUGAGGACCUUGGUGGAACUGUGACAAACUUCCCUGGGUCUGGGGUAGAAGCCAGCAGUGAGUCCUCCUUGGCUUACCCUGAGGCUGGAGUGGAAGCGUCUGUCGCCCCUGAGGCCAGCAGUAAACUGUCUGGGUUCUCAGAUCUGCAUGAAAUCACCUCUGCUUUCCACGAAGCAGAUCUGGAGGUGACAACCUCAGGCAUGGAGGUGAGCAGCACCUCAUGGACCUUUCAGGAAGGCACCAGGGAGGGUUCUGCUGCUCUGGAAGUGAAUGGAAAAUCUACCACUACCUCCAGUGUGGACACAGACACUUCGGGCAUGUCUUCUGCCAUUCCCGUGGCUUCCGGAGACAGGACCGAAGUCAGUGGAGAAUGGUCUGAUCACACUUCAGAGCAGAAUGCUGCCAUCAGCACCACUCUCCCAGAGUCCGAGUGGGCCCAGCCUACCCAGAGCCCUGCAGAGACACAUCAAGAGAUCGAAUCCCCGAUCCCCUCAUACUCAGGAGAGGAUACCCAAACAGCAGAAACAACCAUAUCCCUGACAGACAGCCCCAGCCCCUCUUCUCCAGAAGGGUCAGGGGAAGCAGAGGCAGCGGCAGCGGCAGACCAGGAACAGUGCGAGGAGGGCUGGACCAAAUUCCAGGGCCACUGUUAUCGCCACUUCCCGGACCGCGAGACCUGGGUGGACGCCGAGAGGAGGUGUCGGGAGCAGCAGUCACAUCUGAGCAGUAUUGUCACCCCUGAGGAACAGGAGUUUGUCAACAAAAAUGCUCAAGACUACCAGUGGAUAGGUCUGAAUGACAGGACCAUCGAAGGGGACUUCCGCUGGUCUGAUGGACACUCCCUGCAAUUUGAGAAGUGGCGUCCCAACCAACCGGACAACUUCUUUGCCACUGGAGAGGACUGCGUAGUGAUGAUCUGGCAUGAGCAGGGCGAAUGGAAUGAUGUGCCCUGCAAUUACCAGCUGCCCUUCACGUGCAAAAAGGGCACGGUGGCCUGUGGAGAGCCCCCAGUGGUGGAGCAUGCCAGGACCCUCGGGCAGAAGAAGGACCGAUAUGAGAUCAGCUCCCUGGUACGGUACCAGUGUACCGAGGGCUUUGUCCAGCGCCACGUGCCCACCAUCCGGUGCCAGCCCAGUGGGCACUGGGAAGAACCUCGAAUCACCUGCACAGACCCCACCACCUACAAGCGAAGGCUACAGAAGCGGAGCUUGAGAGCCACACAGAGGAGCCGUCCCAGCAUGGCCCACUGAGAGAAGCUUCCACGGACACGACAACAUGCCCCCAGGAUGCUGAGCCCAGCGGCCAGCCAGGCUGACCGUGCAUCCCACCAGAUGGUGUCUUCCUGUCGCUUGUUGUCCUAUAAGGAAUCCAUUAAAGAAGGAAAAAUACCCCACAUUCUGUGUGUCCCAACUCCUCACAUCACCCCAACUCCAUCUAGUUCAUCCUCUCCCCACCACCUCCACCACCGGAAAAAAAAAAAACGCCAAAGCAAAUUUCCUGUGACCCGCGGACUGAGUUUAGAGACGCUUCUUUGAUCUCCCACCGUGCCUUUCCAGGGACCAGUGCAGGGACAGGGUGAGAAGGAAGGGGUUAAAUUAAAUAAAGAAGAUUAUUAUUUUUUUUCUUUCCUGUCUUUACCUAAGAGCAUUGCAGUGGUCGGUUAUUUCACCCCCAGGGAAAGCUAGGGAGGCAGGAAGAGGGGCUGGAAGGAGACAGGACAGGGGAGGGGGGAGGGGGGCCUCAGAGCACGAAGGACUCAGAAGAGACUGGCGACAGCUUCCCGUGUUGGACAAAAGGAACCUGGGUCUGUGCCAUCUAUGAGGGAAGGAGCCUGGGGCAGGGGACAGGCUGGCCAAGGGGCAAUGAGGUUGCCUUCCCUCCCCACCCCGGGCCCCUCUUCUCAUGACCUCUCACCGGGGUCGACCACCCUAGCAGGUACCAUUCCUCGGCUGGACUGGGUAGGGGCACUUCCUCCCCAGGGGUGCUCCGCUGCCGUCCCCUUCCCUCUCUCCAUCCCGGGACGGUGCAGGCACCAGUGUUCCGUGCACCUAUUUAUAUUUUUUGAAAACUAAAGAUUAUAAUUAUAAUAAUAAAG